UGGGACGAGUCUUUUUUAUGUAACAUGCAUUAUCAUCUUGUUAAUAUCAAAUGGGAGAGAGAAAAAAACGUAUCAGAAACGUAUACCAAACAAGGAUGGAGCUACUUCAACUCUAGUUUUUACUACAUCUCUACUGAGAAGGAGAACUGGACUAAGAGCAGACAGGAAUGUAGAAACAGAGGGGCAGACCUGGUGAUCAUAGACAACAAAGAGGAAGCGGUGAGUGAGUUUGAGAGCGAGAGUAAGACAGAGAGAGAGAGAGAGAGAGAGAGAGAGAGAGAGAGAGAGAGAGAGAGAGUGAGCAAACCUACAUAUAUUGAGAUAUUCUGCUGUCCUUUGCAGUCCAUCCCUAAAUGGCUACUAAAUAGUAAAACAGCUUGGAUUGGUCUGAGUGACAGAGAGAAGGAGGGGGUGUGGAAAUGGGUGGACGGAACAACACUGAAAACUGGGCACUGGAACAAAUUAGAACCCAAUCAUGGUAAAAUCGAUGAGGACUGUGUUGAGAUUUUGGGCAGCAGUAAAAGCUGGAAUGACAGAUCAUGCUCUGAUCGUUUACUGUUUAUCUGUGAAAUGAACGCAUUUAAUUUGUGAGGUUGUGUCACGGCCACCACAAACGAUCAUUGUUUCACAUUACAGUCUGUUCUGUUUCCCACCUUGACAGUGCUCACCAGUUUUGUGUUGGUCUCUGUAUUUAAUUUCCUGUAUUUGGAUUUCACUGCUUUUAUAAAACUGUGAAGAAAUGUGUAAUAAUAAUGAGUUUUCAAUAAUAAUU